UCAAAACUUAAAUAUUUUCCAACAUUUAAAGACCUUGUACCAUUUCAGUAAAAUGACAUCAAAAUACAUUUGUUUCUUAAUUAUUACCGUAUACUUAAUUAUAACACCAGUGUCAUCCACCAAAGAUUUAAUAUUAGGAAGAUCAUAUAUUGUACCAGCAGAAACAUACGAGGAGACAUUUAAUUUAUUAAGGCUAGGUGAUACAGGGACCAAUGUGCAGCAGAUAUUAUAUGUCGUAUUUAAUACUAUUCAAACUGUAAUCAGCAUCAUAUUAAAUCUGGUCUGUUCAUCGAUCACACCUAUAACUGAUGUAGUAGAAGCUCUUAGAGGAUCUGUUCUUGAAAGUAUUAUUUCUAUAGUAGACUUAUUAGUCCCUGUAAUUACUGCCGUAGCUCCACAGGUUGCACUGGUUUUGCAAGUUAUACAAUUAGUAUUAGGUGCCAGUAAUCAACUUUUGUACAACGGAACCAUUAUCAUACAAGAAUAUGGAUGCACAACUAUUCUCAGUAUAAAUAAUGUAGUUUCUAGUAUUGUAAAUGCCAUUGUAGGAGUUUUCUAAAGUUUCAAAAAAUUGGUACCUAUUGAUGUUCAUGUAUUUAAAAAACAUGUCAUUCGACUCAACAGAAAUAGAAUUCAAUUCAUUUAAGUUGGUGUAUUAAGUAAGGUAAUAAAGAACUGUUCAACUUA